UAUCUGUUCAGGUGGACCAGGACGACUCGUUAGAAGAACCAUGAUGGCACUCCAAUGGGUGAAGCCGUGGAUCGCUCUCGUCUUCGGACUAUCUGCUGCACAUUCUAACACUGUUAUGAUUCCAGAUAUGACUUCCAUUGGGAGUCUAUAUGAUUCCAAACUGCAAAUCUUAUCAGCAGGAGUGAGUCCCACUCAUAACGGGCAGGUCUGCAGCACAUGGGGUAACUACCACUACAAAACCUACGAUGGAGACUUCUUCCAGCUGCCCUACACCUGUAACUACGUGCUGUCGUCGUUGUGUAAGAGCAGCAGCGGCUACGAGGCCUUUAACAUUCAGCUGCAGCGCGGGGAGGUAGAUGGGCUGCCCACCAUCACCAAGGUUUCUUUGAAGCUGGAUGGAACCUUCGUGGAGCUGGCCAACGGUAACGUCAGCGUCAACGGAUUAAAGGUCACCAUACCAUUUGGUCAGUUUAACAUCUUCAUUGAGAGGACUGUUUCCUAUGUGAAGAUCACAGCCAAGCUGGGGUUAGUCGUCAUGUGGAAUGAAGAUGAUUCCCUCUGGGUGGAGCUGGACUCAAAGUUCCAGAAUCAGACUUGUGGGCUGUGUGGAGACUUCAACGGAGUCCAGAUUUACGACGAGUUCAUUAGUCAUGGUGAUCAUCUGAAGACAAUCGACUAUGGUGAUAUUUGGAAGAUGAAUGGCCCAACAGAGACCUGUACAGAAAUCCCUGGUCACACUGAGCAGUGUGAAGAACAGACCGAACUUUGUGAGCAGCUUCUCACCAGUCUUGCCUUCAGUAGCUGUAAGGACCUGAUUGCCACAGACUCCUUCAUCAAGGCCUGUGCAGAAGACAUGUGUCACUGUGGCAACAGCAGCAGCAGUUCCUGCGCCUGCCCCACCAUGUCCGAGUACUCCCGCCAGUGUGCUCACGCAGGGGGGAAACCCCAAGAGUGGAAGACCGACCAGUUCUGCAUGAAGACGUGUCCUUUAAGCAUGCAGUACCAGGAGUGUGGUAGUCCCUGCACUGAUACCUGCUCCAACCCAAAGAGGAACCAGCAUUGUGAGGAACACUGCACUGACGGAUGCUUCUGCCCUGCUGGAACCGUGUUUGAUGACAUCACUCAGACUGGCUGUGUAGCUGUGAACCAGUGCUCUUGUCUCCACAACGGACAAACUUACCAGCCUGGACAAUCAUUCUCAAGAACAUGCCAUGAAUGUACCUGUAUCCAAGGCCAGUGGAGUUGUGUGGAUCUAGAUUGCCCAGCUACCUGCUCCAUAGUGGGAGGUUCCCACAUCACCACCUACGAUGAGAAAGCCUACACCUUCCAUGGAGACUGCUCAUAUGUCCUGUCCAAGCAAACCAACGAGACUGCUUUCACAGUCCUGGGUGACAUAGUGAAAUGUGGGAAGACGGACGUUGAGACCUGCCUAAGAUCUGUAACCCUGGUGACUCCAGAGUCCAUGAUUAUCGUCAUCGAGGCCAGUGGAAAGGUCUUUGUCAACAAGAUGUUUUCUCAGUUGCCGCUUUUCAUGGCGGAUGUAAAGAUCUUUCAGCCCUCUACGUUCUACAUCGUUGUGCAUACCUCUUAUGGGCUCCGACUAGAGGUGCAGAUAACACCUAUAAUGCAGGUCUACAUCGUAGCUAGCAGUUCACACAAAGAAAAAACCCAGGGUCUUUGCGGAGACUUUAACAGCAUCCAAGCUGAUGACUUCAGAACCAUCAAUGGACUCGUGGAAGGAACCGCUGAAUCAUUUGCCAACACGUGGAAGAACAAAGCAAGCUGUCCUGAUGUGGCACAGAGCUUUGAGAUCCCAUGCAGUCUGAGUGUAGAGAAUGAGAGAUAUGCCAAGCACUGGUGCUCGAUGCUGUCAGAUCGUGCAGGAAUAUUUUCCCAAUGCCACACUGAGAUCAACCCAAAUUACUACAAGGAAAUCUGCCUAUAUGACAGCUGUAACUGUGAGAGGAGUGAGGAGUGCAUGUGUGCUGCGGUCUCCUCCUACGUCCAUGCAUGUGCUGCUGCAGGCGUCCUGCUCAGUGGAUGGAGAAACACCACCUGUGGGAAGUACUCCUCUAGCUGCCCUGACACGAUGGUCUAUGACUACACCAUGACCAGCUGUGACCGCACCUGUCGUUCACUGAGCCAGCCAGACUUUACAUGCCAGUUAGACCAUGUGUCUGUGGACGGCUGUGGCUGUGCCGAGGAACCUACCUGAACGACCAGGGAGAGUGUGUCCCUGCCUCACGCUGCUCCUGCUACCAUGGAGGCACAGUAGUACCCCCUGGAGAGGUCACCAGGAUCUAUGGGGUUACUUGCUCUUGCAGACAAGGGAAAUUAAGCUGUGCUGGAGAACCAAAACAAUUAUCCUGUGAAAAACCAAUGGGUUUCUUCAACUGUUCAAGUGCAGGGCCCGGAGCCAAGGGCUCAGAGUGUCAGAAGAGCUGUCAAACACUAGACAGUCACUGU